AUGGCGGCCAUGGACGACAUCAAGGUGGGCGACACCGUCAACGUGCCCGGAGGCAUGUACGGCACCGUCAAGUAUCUCGGAACGGUGGCGGGUAAACCUGGUCGGUUUGCGGGCAUUGAACUGGGCCCUGAACAUGCGCGACGAGGGAAGAAUAGCGGCGAUGUGGAAGGUCGCAAGUACUUUGCAACCUCGAUCCCGGGGUCGGGAAUCUUCGUCCCUAUGAACAACUCCAAAUACGUGACUCGACGGAAUCCAUCCGCAUCAGCAAGCACCUUCGCACCUCCAACUACUCCGGGACGCGCUCCGCCGAGCUUCAGCAAAUCGGUCGGCCCGAGUCCAGCCAUGUCUCGUCCUCGGAUUCGACGGCCGUCUCUGCCUCGUCCAGAAUCUCCCCGAACAGCUGUCUCGCCCCCCAAGCUUAGCUUGGGAGGUCUCCGGACGCCGUCCGCAGCUUCGCGAGCCUCUAAUAUGAAUGGCUACCCCCGGAGUCCGAUCAAGGCGCCGUCUCGCCUGUCCGAUCGACCGGCGUCGAGAAUCAGCGUGGAGGACGACAAUAUGUCAUCAUACGGCCGACCAUCGGACCUCAGCCAACAUGCCUCGGCUGAACUACAAGAACUGAGAGAUCAGAUCAAGAGUCUGGAGAGGCAAUUGUUGGAUCGGGACCGGCAGCUGGAUGAGCAAUCGAAGACGCUCAGUGAAUUCCAACGGACCAUGGAGGAACUAGAGGGAGAAGAUGCUUUGAACAUCCGGGCGCAGCUUCGGGAGAGGAAUGAGCGUAUUGCGCAGUUGACCGCCGAAUUCGAUGGCCACCGAGCAGAUUUCCGGAGCACGCUGGAUACCCUUGAAAUUGCCGCAUCCGAGACCGAACGAGUAUAUGAACAACGCCUGGAUGAGCUCAUGCAACAAAACAACGAGCUGCAGAAUCGCGGCGAAGAUGUGGAGAUCGUGGCCGAACAGCUCAAACAGCUUGAGGAGCUGGUGUCGGAACUGGAAGAGGGUUUGGAGGAUGCCCGACGAGGCGAGGCCGAAGCCAGAGCCGAGGUGGAGUUCCUCCGCGGAGAGGUCGAACGGACAAAACUCGAGUUAAAGAAGGAAAAAGAGCAAUCGGCGACCGCUCUGCGCAAUGCGCAGGUGGCAAGUGAAAGCCCGCGCGUCUCGCACGAGCUUGAACAAAAGGACGAUGAAAUCCGGGGCCUGAAGGCGAUCAUCCAUUCAUUGAGUCGAGGCAAUCCCAAUGGCAACGGCUCCAAUGACGACGAGUCUUUGGAAACUCAAAAACAACAGGCCGAACAGAUCUCGCAAUUGGAGCAACGAUUGAAGGAAGUUGAGGUGACUGCGCACACCAAGGACACUCGCAUUGAGGAGCUCGAGCAACAGUUACAGGAAAUGCGCCUGAGCUCAGCCGAAGACCAUAACCGUGACUCGACGGCAACUAUCGCGCCGAAACUUCAGCACAAACCGUCCAACUCCUCGAAUAGCGUGCAGUUGACCACUGCCGUCAAUCACGCGCACCGGCUCUCAGACCGAACAGUGGUACCAAACGACUGGCAUGAUCUUUCACCCAGUGAGCAGCGACAACAUCAUCGGGCCUAUUCUAAUUCGUCUCAGUCACGACUCGCACCUAUGCCUGAAUCAGAGCGAUCAUCCGACGAGGACGCUUUAUGGUGUGAGAUCUGUGAGACUGGCGGACACGACAUUCUGAACUGUACGAGCAUGUUUGGUGCUGGUAACGCGGCUGCUCAAAAGGACGAGAGCCCGUCUGCCGCGCCUGUGGAGCAACCUGCAGCCCUGUCAGUGGAUAACAAGACCACUCUGCACCAUGCCGCAUCUGCAGAGAGCCUUGCCGCAACCAGUACUCCCUCUCAAAAGACCGGCCGGGAUGUGGUGCUCGAGGGCUUGAAGGGCAUCGGGGGCCUCGGCUCGUCGAUGGCGCCUGUUGCCGGCAAGUCUUCGGGGAUUGUUGACGAGUCCAAAUGGUGUGCGCUCUGCGAGCGAGACGGCCACGAGAGCAUUGAUUGUCCUUUUGACGAGUAG